GGAUAAUGUCGUUUACACAUAAAGUGAGAUGUUGAGGUUACGGGGGUUGGUGGCCGGGAACAAGCUAUUCACCAGUCCGGGAACUGGAGAGCUUCAGUUGGGUUUGUGUCGUUGUGUUCGCCAUGUCGCUCUCAAGGUGCUUCACCACCGCUCUCCGGUCCCGCCGUGCCCUGGAGAGGACUCUUCUGCCUGCUGCCUCCGCUGUUACAGGCUUGAACAAGGUUGCAGAAGAUGAAGCUAGAGGAAAAGUAUACUAUGCUCCUACUGCUCAGUCGCAGGUGGGGCACGUGCGCCACUACAGCAAGCGGGCCAGCGUGCGGAAACACCAAGAGUCCGACUCCGAUUCGUCCGACUCCGACCGCGAGUCCGGGAAGGGGAAACGGGGCACGAGGGGCCAGACAGCAUUUUGGAGACAGAAAAUGCGCACACAUCACCAGGUGAUUGACCUCAACAAGGAUGGCGUUGUGUCAUGGGAUGACUUCGAAGUCCUCAUUGCUAGGUUCACCGAGCUUGGACACCUGUCACCUAAGGAAAUUAGCAAAUUCACAGAUGCAUUACGGCACGUAUGGGAAGAGGAGUGGGGUGCUUCAGGUGACCCGUACAUCUUCAUCGGACAAGAGCAGUUCCUGACGCAGAUGGAACAUGUUGUCAACACCAAGUCACUGAGAAAGAGAGUUGCUAGCCCUCUGCCCUAUUUCUUCAGCGCCGUAGAUCGCGAUGGAAGCGGGGAAAUCUCCAUUGAAGAAUUCAAAGUCUUUUAUUCAUGCUUAGGAUUAUCAGAACAAGCUGCCGAAGAAUCCUUUGCUUCUAUUGAUCUUAAUAAGGAUGGAAAGCUCAGUAAGAAGGAGUUUAUAAAGUUGGGACGAGAUUUCUUCCUUUCUGAGAAAGAGCACAAACCUAGCAAGCUUUUCUGGGGUCCCUUGGUUUAAUAAGCACAUGUAGACGGUUUUCUGGACUUGUGAAGAAAAUGUUGAAUUAUGUGAGCAUGACUGACAGAAAUUAGAUGAAGUCAUAAGAUUUAGGCUCCUGUGUUUAAUAUGCCCCCUGUUGGUAGUGUUUGAGAUUUGUUAAGAAAAUGUUGUUGAGUAAUGCAAAUAUGACAAAUUAGAUAAAUUCAAAUGAUGAAACUGCAUCCAGAUAUUUGCAACACUAUCUCUAUUUUAUUAUUUUUAUAUUUUGUAUUGUAUAAAGUCAAAUUGCCAUUAAUUGUUGAAUAGCAAAAAAUAUAUUUAAUCGAGUAGUGUAAAGUGUGUUAUCAUCUUUUUGCAUUUCCAUUCAAUCUGAUUUUUUUCUUAUCUUUAUUCUGAGGUAGAAUUUACUGAAAUUUAUAACCUCAAUAGAUGUUACUGUAGCACUGGCAAUAAAGUAAUUCUUACUUACCAUUGUAUACUGAAUAAAUUUUACAAUGUAUCCUGUAUUAGUUCUUUCUGGUGUGGGCAUGUAGAUAGCUUUGUGAUGAUUUGAACUAAAAAGAGAUGUCUUGUAGGUCUGCUUUUUGUUUUUCAACUCAUGAUAACACUUAUCCUUUGUAGCUGUAGUGAUUGCAGCAUUAGAGGAUGAAAUUCCUUGUCAUUGAUUCCUUGUAUUUACAAAUAUUUUCAUCAAAAUAUAAUGAAUUAUUCACUUUACUAAAGAAGUGUUUUUGUGCAUGUAGUGAAUUAUUCAUUAUGUAAAUUUCUUUAAUUUUUUUUUCUUUGAAGAAAUUAUUGAAAAUCAUACACUUUUACAACUCAUGAUAACACUUACCCUCAUUAACUGUAGUUUAUGCAUUUUGUGAGGAUGAAAAUCAUUUUCAUUAAAGGCAUCACAAAAUUAUUUCUUUUAUUUACAUACCUUUUAAUCCAGACAAAAGGAAUAUUUUAAAAUAUUUUUUAUGGGUAUUUAAUUAAUGCCAUUGUCAGCUAACAUAGGAUACUAUAAAUAUUUCAUGCUUCAUGUCUUUUCACUGAUACUUUCAUGGAAUUUAAGAACUAAUCAAUCACAUGAAGGAUUACAAUUUUAGAUAAUACAAAAAAAAAAAAUCAUACAUGUAGGAAACCAUCAUAUAUGGAAUAAUCCUUACAAACUGCUAUGAACUGUUUCCCAGUAGCAUAAAGAAAAUGGUACAAUAAAUGGUGGAGCUAAUUAGAGUAAAAAAUUAGAUAUUGUACUAUACAUUCCCUGCUGAUCAUAAAGAUCAGUAAAAACAUUUAUUUAUGAGAGUAUUAACUUCAGGCCAAAGUCCUCAGUUGUCUUGAUGAGAUUACUACUUUGAAGACAACUUUUUGAAAAAACAUAGAGAAAAUUACCUUCCUCAUACAAGAAUGUGUAAGAAUACCGAGGUCUUGAACAACAGCUAUUAGGAAAUAUAUAGAUCAUAAAUUUAUGAUACAGGCUUCUGGUAAAUAUACAUUUUGAUAAAAUGCCUCUACUGGGGAUUUUAAGUUAGAGGGUCUUCUUCUCUGAGUAUUAAAAUUAUUAUUGUGUAGAAAUAAAUCCUGAAAGUUAA